AUGCAUCCCGUACAGAAACUAUCACCGUCUCACUCCCAAAGCUCUGCUGGCAGAUCCACUCUGGCCGACGACGACGACGUUGUCACCUCAGCAACAAGCUACGACAUGCACCGCCAACGGCCCCAGCAACCCUCCGAGAAGAGGCGCUCACCACGAUUUAUCGUCGCCGUGCUUGGGCUUCUCGUCUUCAUCGCAGAGUUCGGGGCCAGCCUGUCCGAUGUGCCCUCAGUCCGCCUCCUCCAGGAGAUCAUAUGUCGCAGAGAACUCGGUCUCGCUCCUGACAGCCCGGUCGAGGAGGGAAAGUGUCACACCGAUGCAGUCCAGGGUCAGCUGAACGUUGUAUCUAUGGGUGGUUUGGUGUUCGGAUACCUUCCUGGCAUCCUGGUCGCACUCCCUUACGGUUCUCUUGCCGACCGACGGGGUCGCAAGCCUGUCCUGGGCCUCUGUAUCUGGGGCAUGAUCUUGUCUCAACUCAUCUGGAUCGCCGCUGCCUGGAACCACCCGCGCUGGGACUUGCGCAACGUCUGGUUUUCGGCCCUGCCCUUGCUGAUUGGUGGCGGGGCGACUGUCGCAGAGGCCAUGGUGUUUGCCAUCAUCGCAGAUGUCGCCCCUGAGGGGAAGACAGCAACUUACUUCCAAUUCGAGAUAUGCGCCGUCCUCCUCGCCGAGGCGGUCGCGCCCUUCGUCGCAUCAGCCAUGAUGACCUACUCCGUCUGGACCCCGAUCCUCGUGUCACCGGCAGUCAUGGCCCUGGGCGGGACGCUGAUCUGUCUGAUACCCGAGACGCUGCACACAAAGCCCAGCUCACCCAGCAACACCCGUCGAAAGGUCACGCCCGCCGUUCCCAAACCGCUCACGUUCACAGACCGAGUCCACAAGUACGCCCCCGAGGCCAAACCAGCCCCGCCGCCGUCCACAUACGCCCGCCUCCGCGACUCCCUAGCCUCCACCGCCCGCCUCCUCAAGUCCCGCGACGCCCUCGCCCUGACACCCGGCGCAACCCUCGCCACCCCAGUGGUGACGGUGACGAUGGGCAUCACGCUGCGGUACAUGCCCCUCCGCUUCGGCUGGACCCUCGCGCAGACGGGCAUGGUGCUCGGCGUGCGGACGGGCCUCAACAUCCUGGUGCUGCUCGUCUUCCUCCCCGUCGUCAGCAACUCGCUGCUGUCGACGCAGGACGGCCGCGGCCGCGACAUGGUCCUCGCCCGCGCCUCGGCGCUCCUCCUGGCCGCGGGCGAGGCCGUCUUUGCGUGCGCGCCGGAGGUCGGCGCGGCGUGCGCGGGGCUCGCGGUCCUCACGCUCGGCUCGGGCUUGCCUAGCCUCUGCCGUGCUGUCCUCGCGCGGCUUGUGGGCCGGGGGCAGGGCGGCCGGCUGUUUGGUCUGCUUGCUGUCUUUGAGAUGCUGGGGUUCCUCUGCUGCGGGGUCGGCUUUGGCGCUGUCUUCCAGGCUGGGCUGGGGCACGGGCUGGCGCCUGGGGCUGAUGGUGAUGGUGGAGGGCUUAUUGUCGGAGGGACGGUGCUUCGGGGCCGGGAGGCGUGGCUUGCGCUGGUUUUCUACGUGGCGGCUGGGAUCUAUGUCGUCUGUGCCGGCCUUCUCUGGAUCGUGCGGAAGGGGGUCGACGGUCGGGGUGGUGAUAUUGGUGACGCGGCCAGUAUAUCCUCGGCGGCUUCCUCGGCUUCGCUGCUUCAUGAGGCGAGGAUACUUGCGGAUGGUCGGUUCACGAGGAAGCACCCCAGCUUGGAGAAUGUUGCUGUGGCGGUCUGA